AGGUAAGACAGUGAAGUGCAUUAUAUGCCAAAAAGGUCAUUUUUUGGGUACAAUUUUCAAUAGUAAGAGUUAUGAUUCUUGCUAUUGAACAAUUAGAAAAUUAUUCAAAGAAAUGACUAUUUUAAAUUUUAUCUAUAUUGGUAACGGGCUAGUCACUAGGAUUGCCCUUUUUGGUAACGGGGAACGGCGGGUGCUUCGUGCACUGUGUUUGCCCCUUUUGGUAACGGGCUAGUCAACAAUAAGAUGAGGUCCUGUGCAGCUGUGCUAGGCAAAUCUAAAACCUAAGCUCAAGCUUGUGCUUUCAGUGAAAGCAGCCUAGACUGAAUUUACUCAGGUAAUAGAUAUGGUUUUCUUUGAGUUUGCAAGUCGAAAGCAGGGUCUUACUAUGUCACUCACAGAGUAUUGUAAUGAGCAUCCUCAUUAGCUUGUUCCUAUCAACUAAGGUUAUGCAUUUUCAACCAUAGAAUAAACAUCUUGGAAUAUCAGAAAGAAAAAUUAAAGGAGAGGAUCAUUCUCUCUCAAUGCUACCAUCUCCUUGUAAAAGAGAUUGUUUGUGUCACACAGAUGGAUAAGAGUUGGAUUCAACAACCGUUUAGGUGUAGCAGAAAAUAUGUAAAGGGACUUAGAGACUUUAUUCAGUUGGCACGAUGUCAUACAGAAAAAGCCAAUAGGAGUAGAUGUCCAUGUCGUAAAUGCUUAAACUUGACAUUGUGGCCAAUGGAUAAGGUUGAAGAACAUUUAUACGUAUAUGCGAUGCACAGAGGUUAUACCCAGUGGGAAUUCCAUGGUGAGCGUAUUGAACCGAGAAUGAACAAUGCUGAUGAUGAGGAGGAAGAUGUUGGUGAGGAGAUGGUUACUCAGUCCCAGGAUGAGAUCACUAAACAGGUCAACAACACAAUGCCAGGGAACAUUCUUGGUCUCGGGCAUAACAUGAUGGCUCCACCAUCUGUCUCCACAGUCAAUAAUGUUCAACAUUGCAGAGUCGGAGGCUACAGUGACCAAAGGAGAGGCUGCUGAGGCGCUUUUAACACCUACAGGUGAUGUAUUUAUAUGUCCUUAAGGCCUCUGCUUGAAUGAAUCCAUUACUAUAUAAAUAAUCAUUUUCACCAACUGUGUUGAGGUCUCUAAAUACUUUGUUUGUCUCAAAUUCUAUUAUCUUUGAAUUAGUUGCACUUUUUUGCUUGAUCAUCAGCUAUUGUUUUAGUCACACCAGCGACAUUUCUUCUCUAGUAAGCAUGAUUUGAUUGGAGGUCGUGUUGCAAAAUUCAUAAUCCUCUGCUUGGUGAUAAACCUUAUAUGUCGUGGUUGGGUGUAUAUCACUCGAGCUGUUUAUUUUUGGGUUGGAAUUAAGAUCUGGGAGGAUUCAACGUGGACCAAUAGAUGCACAUGUGAGGAGAGGAAGAUUGAUUUGUAUAGAGGGUAAGAGCAAAGAGGUCGACCAAAACUAACAUGGAAUGAAGUGAUAAGAAAUGAUUUCAAAAAAUUAAAUCUAGUAGAACAUACCGCCUAUAAUAGAGAAGAGUGGAAAAUAAGAAUCCAUGUGGCUGACCCUUUUGUAUGGGAUAAAAACAAGGAUGAUGAUGAUGAUGAUGAAUUAAGGGCCGAGAGGAAUGGGUUUUAUCUAUGGAAGAUACAAUCUCAUUGCUGGUAAAUGUUAAAGCAUUUAUGAAAUAAUGCUCUUUCAGGUUAGUUUGCGCCAUUUUGACUGCAUCCAUAAAAAAUCUUCACUAUAGGGCGCUACCUGCUAGACAUCCAGUAUAACUUGAACCAUUUUAAUGAAGAAUAAUUUUGCCAUGAAGUUGAACAUUGAAUUCUGAUAAGAAAAUUGGCUUAAAAUUAUAGACUAUAUGCUAAAUGGUGAAUAGUGGUAGAAAUUAUUGAACUUUAACUGUUCAGGAAUGAAGAACAUUGAAGUGUCUAUGGCUCUUUUGAACGAACGGCCUAAUGCUUAUAAGAAAAGGCUUGACCUUGGGAAAAACUACCAAUUUUCUGUAAAAUUUCAAAAAAACUCGACUGAUUCCACCACACUAAUGUAAUAUAUAAAUAUAUAUAAGUCAUGUAUUACUACACAGUACACGCCAGUACAUUGAUAUAUACCUCCCAAUAUUCACAUAUACAACCACUUACCAAAAAAAAUUCACAUAUACAACCAACAAUAAGACUCUGACUCCACAAAAAUAAUAUACAAUCUUCCAAAAAAGGAAGACCAACUUCCCCAAACUAGUCUGCCUAUAUAAAUGCAGAUACACCUCCAUGAGGAUUGUAUCUGCGUACACUAAGCAGCUGAUGGGGUGGUAAUGUAGUUAACACCGCCUGCCUUUGAUAGUGCCGCUAGGAAUGGUUGUAGGUUCACGGACUCCCCUAGCAUUUCCUGAUCCCCUGAUCUCACAUCACUCUUGUGAUCCAAUGUUUCGUCAUUGUAAAUGUCCCACCAUUUCUUCACUAGCAUCUUUAUGUCUUCUUUGUCCAUGUUUUCUUUGUUUCCUGUAAAUUUCCAUGGUUUUGAUCCCUGAAAACAUUAAGCAUGCAAAACAAAAUAUACCUUUAGAGAAUCUUCUUUUUUAUAGUUAGAAAAUUAAAAGUUGAAUGGGAUAGUAACAGUUAUGAGUUCUUCAAAUAACUUGCAAAAGCACUAUAGUGAACAACUUUUGUUUCAUCAAGGUUGAUUUUAUCUGGAUGGCGCCACAAUAUUGCCAUUACAAGGUUGUACAUUGAGGGUAUCGGUUUGUAUAUAUCCUUAAAGAACAUGUUUAGGAAGUCCUGUUAUAAAUUAGAAAAAUAGUAUAAGACAUGCUAUUCAAAUCCCUUCUUUAUGAUGUAGUUUGUCACUUCUUUCUCUCUCAGUAGUUUCAAAACUCAAAAAUACUCAUACCACAUCCGUUUUACUAAAAGAUUUCAUUGAAGGCAUCUAAUCUGAUGAUUUAAUAUGAUU